AUGAAACGAAGGAGGGACAGUAACGGUAAGUCCAUUGCGGCACUUAGGGCUGGGGUGGCAGCGCUGAGCGUAUCUAGCAAUAUAGCUUCUAGGGAGCUCACCUGUCGUGAUUCCCAUGUUAAAGCUAUAUUAGACUUCUUGAAUGAUAAAGUUCACCCUGUCAUGCAGGUUUUCGGUAUGCCGGGUACGGGAAAGACAGCGUCAGUGAACCACGCCCUCGCUCUUCUUGCGAGCUCGUCACCAGCAGGGUCGAAGCCCACAGCUGUCUUUCUUAAUGGGUACAUUAUACAAAAAACAUCUGAUAUAUACUGGACCUUGAACUCACACCUAAGCAAAACUCGGUUAAAACAUGCUGAAAAUUGCUUACCGGAGCAAUGUCCUGCUCUGAUCGAAAAGAGAUUUAAGCAAGGUUGGGGGAGUAGCACUACGCCCUUAUGUGUGAUAGUUGUCGAUGAAGUUGACAAAGUCCUUAAAAAGCACAACAAGGCGUUUUUCAGGAUAGUAGAUUGGUUAAGUCUACCGUAUGCGUUUUGUAAACUGAUAACAAUUUCAAAUAGCAUGGAACUGGCAGCUGAUGCGAAAACGAGAAGUCGACUGGACAUAACGAAACGUCUCGUCUUCGAACCAUAUAGUCUGCCUGAGCUCAAGGAAAUUAUUCUUCGAAGAGUCAGUCACAUCAAACCUACGUUAUUUGCAGAGAAAGCAAUCAACUAUCUAUGUAACCAAACUGCAUCGCACUACGGGGAUGUGAGACGUCUUUUACAAUCUGCUUCCUCCGCCAUUUGCGGUCUCAUGAUGAGAAUAGAGGAGGGUUACAAGUUGCCGGAGAAGCAUGAUGGCUUGCUAACUGUAAAGGAUGUUCACUCAGUUGUUCGCCAAAUAUUUCACGAUCGCUUUGUUGAGUUUAUCCAAACUAUUCGUCUUCCCGUAGUGUUUAUCAGCGUUGCUGUCAUUGCAGUAGAGACAGCAAGGCUUUUUCGAGCGAACUGCGAGGACAGCCGACUACCCAUAGAUAGCUUGUUUACGGCAACGAAGAGAGCCCAAGAGCGUUUUGGCUCAGUUUUUGCAGACCUACAUGCCGUCACUUUGAACUAUGGGGCGUACCUAGAAAUAGUAGAGAUGCUGCGGGAGGUAGCACUGAUUGACGUUUCGGUAGGUGAAGAGCGCAUUCCCGUCAAAACGGUUCAGUCACUACUCGAGGCCACUGAGAGGGCACACGCGUCAAUGCUACAACCAUUCCAAACAGUCGUCGAUGCAUGCAAGCUCCACGAUGACUUUGGUACGGGGAUAUGCCCACUGUUUUCGAUAUAG